AUGGCUUCCAAUAUGGAUGCCAUCAGAUCUUCUGAGAAGAAUUGUACAGCAUAUGACCCUACACAUGUUGAAGGACAACAAACUGCGAUAUACGUUCAACUCGUCCUUUCACUAACUCUCGGAGUUUCUGCUUUCUUUGGAUUCUGUAUCCUGCGACCAAAAUGGAAGAGUUUAUAUGCAGCACGAAAAAGACAUGUUGAUGCUGCCGCACAUCUCCCAGAGCUGCCAGACACGCUUUUUGGUUGGAUGCCUGUCUUGUAUAGGGUCACAGAAGAACAGGUCCUUGCAUCUGCUGGAUUGGAUGCAUAUGUCUUCCUUUCAUUUUUCAAGAUGUCGAUGAAACUAUUCGGAAUCAUGUUCAUCAUAGCAGCUGCUAUUCUUGCCCCGAUCAAUCAACACUAUUAUUAUAUGUUCGAUCCGUUCGGAAAUUCGACGAGCCCUCCUAAUAUUCCAGAUUACUCGCGAUUAGAGGGUUGGCAUGGAGGAUGGAACGGAGCCUUAAUUUUCGAGGUGCCAAAAGACCUAGACGAGAAACUCCCUGACACCAGUUAUCUCUGGUCAUACCUAGUGUUUACCUAUGUUUUCACUGGACUCGCAAUAUAUUUUAUGAACAGCCAAACUCACCGCGUAAUCCAAGUUCGCCAAGACUACCUUGGAAGUCAAUCCACGAUUACCGACCGAACAAUUAAACUCUCUGGGAUACCUGAGGAAUUGAGGUCCGAACAAAAGAUCACCGAAUUCUUGGAGAAGCUCGAAAUAGGGAAGGUGGAAAGUGUGACUUUAUGUCGAAAUUGGAGAAAACUCGAUGAUAUGAUGGACAAGAGAGUGCAAGUUGUUAGGCGGCUUGAAGAGGCAUGGACUGUACACCUUGGCCAGCAACAACGUCCAACUAUAGGACCAAUACGGACUCAACAAUCAACACCGACCGCAGAAGUAGAGGAUGGGUCACAAGGUCAUGAGGGUGAUAAUCUUUUAGGAAGCAAUCACAUUACCGCAUAUGAUCAGCCAAGACCGACUACACGGAUCUGGUAUGGGCUUUUUAAUUUCCAAAGCAGGAGAGUAGACGCAAUUGAUCACUACGAAGAACAAUUGAGAAGUCUAGACGAUAUGAUCAAAGACGCAAGGAAGAAGGAAUACAAGCCUACGGCCCUUGCAUUUGUUACUAUGGACUCAAUACCCGCUUGUCAAAUGGCCGUGCAAGCUCUACUGGAUCCAACACCGAUGCAGCUGAUGGCAAGACCAUCCCCCGCACCCUCGGACAUCGUUUGGACAAAUACUUAUCUGUCUCGAUCGAAUCGUAUGAUUCGUUCUUGGGCAAUUACUAUUUUUAUACUCAUACUCACGAUAUUUUGGCUUAUUCCAGUGGCUGCUCUGGCUGGUCUCGUUAGUCUGUGCUCAAUUCGACAAGUUUGGCCGGGGCUUGCGGAUGUAUUGGAAAGCCACGACAUCCUCAAGGCUUUGGUUCAAACUGGCUUACCUACACUUAUUGUCUCGCUACUCAAUUUGGCAAUUCCAUUCUUGUACGAUUAUCUUGCAAAUAGGCAAGGGUCGAUCUCUCAAGGCGAGGUUGAGCUUUCCGUCAUAUCAAAAAACUUCUACUUCACCUUCUUCAACGUGUUCCUGGUUUUUACAGUCUUUGGUGCUGCGAGCAAAUUCUGGCCAGUCUUACAGGAGACAUUGAAAGAUACCACAAAGAUUGCAUAUACGCUAGCCCAAUCAAUUUCCGAUCUCUCCAUGUUCUAUACCAAUUUCAUCCUACUCCAGGCUCUUGGCCUACUACCUUUCAGGCUGUUGGAGUUUGGAAGUGUUUCCCUGUACCCUAUCACACUUAUGGGUGCUAAGACUCCUAGAGAUUAUGCGGAGCUUGUACAACCUCCAAUUUUCAGUUACGGGUUUUAUCUGCCAUCUGCACUUCUCGUCUACAUCCUAUGUAUUGUCUAUAGCAUACAGCCAGCAGGCUAUCUUGUCCUGUUAUUUGGACUAGCAUACUUCGCUUUAGGCUAUUACACCUACAAGUACCAACUUUUGUAUGCUAUGGACCACCCACAGCACGCCACUGGAGGUGCUUGGCCUAUGAUUGUCUAUCGUCUUCUUGUCGGCUUAGGUUUCUUUCAACUAACUAUGGCUGGAGUUAUCGCUCUAAGGAAAGCUUUUACACCAGCUAUACUCGUUGUACCGUUAAUACCAUUCACAAUCUGGUACAGUUAUUAUUUUCGAAGGACUUUCCAGCCACUUAUGAAGUUUAUCGCCCUGAGAAGCAUUAGAAGAGAUAGCAAUCCAGAUAUAAAUCUCGCUGGUGAGGAUAUCGGCGUUGGAACACCCCCAGGAAAUAUUCGUAGAGGCAGUACAGUCGACGAGGCUAGGGAGAAAGGCAUGAGAUAUAUCAAUCCAAGUCUCAUUGUACCAUUGGAAAAUAUCUGGAUCAACAAGGUCCCAGAGUCUGAGCCUAAUGGCAGCACCCCACAUUUAAAUCGUGAGGAAUCUGCUGCGAGCUCUAUAAGCCUUGGAGAUACACAUAUAUGGAGAGAGGUCGGCGAUGCAAAUCCAGUAAUUACAAUUAUCUCCUACCAAUCAACCAUCAUCAAUACCGAAGCCGCCCACCCGGGGGCUGUCGACACGACGUCUUCCCAGAUUCUCUUAUCAAGAGCAAUCGCAGAUCAUAGCUCAACUUCUCGCCCACCAGUUACUAGAAGGGCAUACACUUCAAUCGCUGUUACAUCUGUCUACGAGUGUCCGACAAGACAUAUCAUGACGAUUGGAGACGCAGCCAGGGCAUCGAAAGAUGUAGGAUUGGAUGGUGAGCAGAGGGGGGAGUUCAACUACGACGCGAGCAGACGACGCCAGUCAAUUUCAGACAUGACUGAUGUUUCCGCGCGUCAUCCUAUGUUUGCAGCAUCAGACUUGGGCGCUUCAAUCAAUGAUACAGGUGUCGAUCCCCCAUUUCCGUUCAAUCCCUGGGAACUUCCACGACUCGAUUCUGUCCCAGAUAAACAAGGGAAACGCGAUAAAGGAAAAGAAGUUGAACGUGGAAGAACGUUAGAGCGGGGUCCAAGAUACCCAAAUCCUCUCGAAAAGGCCGAAUCGCGGCCUAAAAGAAACAAAACAACCAUUGAGGUGGAUGGUCGACCCAUACGGACACGCGAUCGAAGCCAUACUCUUCAUGAUAACCCUAACGAUCCUUGUGCAAUCUUCGAUGACGAAUUGUUAGAGCCGUUAAGAAAUAUACAUCAACAAGACAGUUUUUCAGAAGUACUCAGCGGGCAUGCAUCUCCAGCCAGUUUGAACGGUUCGCUUGAUAUCCAGGAACUCAAGGGGCGACUUCGAUCUAGGACCCUUGGAGGAAGUUCUAUGGGCUCCACUAUAUCACCUGUUGAAUCACUCACUCGAACCGUUACAACAGUUUAUAACGAUUCCCCUCCUGUUUCCCCAGACCCUACCUUACCAACCGGAUCAUCUUCUCAUCUCCUACCUAGUAUUGAUCGAUUGGAAGAAUCUGCCCGUCAGUCAACAUCAUUCACCUUCUCAAAAUUACCUACCGAGAUCCUUCAACAAGUAUAUGAAUACCUGACACCGGCAGAUUUUAAUUCUGCCAGACAUACAUGUCGAACAUGGCUUCUCACUAGCAUAGAUCGCUCCCUCCUCGAAAACAUGAUCCGUCGUGGCGGUUGGGACGCUAGCUGUCAACAGGAAAUUUCCGAUACAAAGUGUACGAAGUUUCGACAUGAAUCCGAAUAUGAGUGGUUCAUGAGUAAACGGAUCUCGAGAGAAUGUGCUCUUGGGCCAAAUUGGAGGGGUUACGGAGUACCAGUAAGCUCAGAUAACUUUCCACCGGAAUCAAAACAAUCGGCAUUUAUACAAGCUGCAACUGUAGACUUCACAGAAGUCGCUGUUCAAUAUCAGGAUACGACUCCUGCUGGAACUGUUUUUACGGUGAGUAGCUGUGGGAAGUUCUUGAUGGCUGCAAAUGGCUGUUUAAUCUAUGUUUAUGAACUAAACAAAAGUCAUCGUGAUGUGAAUGAUUGGCAUGAAGUGCAACCUGGUUCUUUGCGUCCAGUCACUAGUAUCAUAUGUCCACACAGAGUAUUGGCUUGCAGUAUGGAUACAUCUUCACAUAGGUAUGCAAUUGCUGUUCUACUCGAUGGUCGCAUGGGUCUUGUUUGCGAUAUCGCUCUUAGCAACAUUGCCCCUCCUAGUUCUUCGGAACCUGAAACUUCGGAUCUGUCCUCGCACCAUUCAAGUCGUUUGGAUCUCUCACUUCCCCCAGGAAGUGACUUGAACCAUGGUGUCUCGUUUCUCGACCGCGUAAGCUUGGAUAGUUCAGCUCCUGUACAAAGAGCUGGAAGAUCCACAACCGCUUUCGUUUUCCCUGGGAUAGCUACAACUCGCAGUAGUGGUAGUUCUCCGGGGUCCGGGCGAUGUCCAGAGUAUCAUGACGCGCUCAGAUCAGCUAGUGCCAUAAAAAGCUCAUAUCCUCCCGAAGAAACUGGCCCGCACCACGUAGGAACAGGAGGUCGAUUGCGGAGCAAGCUACCAGCUCGUAGAGGUUCAAAUCCAGAUGCGAGAGACAUGCCUGUUGAGUCGGGCCCGCGCUCAAUAUAUCGAAACCUCUGUUCUGAGGACGACCCUCCUCGCUCAGUGGCAAUUUGUCCGCAACGACGAUGUGUGGCUUUUGGCUGCUCGGCUGGUAUUGAAUUGCAUUGGGUUGAUGCUUUGACCGGGCAAGAUCUGAAUAGGUGGUUUCCACUCACUGCUCCUAGCGAUUUCUUAUUCUUCUUACCACCGCGGAAAAGCGUGGACUCUGCGAAAAAGUUGAGGCUCAUUAGUAGCGCGGCUAGACCCAGUGAAUGUGCAGCUGUACAUGAGAGAGCAUAUGGAAGAAGAUCACGAGGUGCUUCAUUUUGGCAAAGAAUCGGAUGGAGUGGAAGCCAAGGAGACAAUAGCGAAGAAAUGGAACGUGCCCAGCAGAUUCUGGCACCGGUAGGAAGAUUUCGAAGUGAUUCCGGCAGAAGGGUGGAUCAUUCUGAUCACUAUCGAGCCGUGCCACUUAGUGAUGGGUAUCACAUCUUGUUUACUGAUCCACGUACGGGAGCUCUCUGCAUGGGUAGUGACGCACCUGUUGGAGGACCUACCAAGUUACUUCGCAAAGUUUGGUUCGAGGGACCAGAAGGUAGAGGCAGUCCAACAGUUUAUGCUGGAGGUUCCGACUUGAGCUGGGGAGUGAGAGUUGUGGCAGCAUUUGGAAGUGGCGCGGAACAGAGUAUCUGGAUGUUUUCAGUUCCUGGGGAUGUGUUCAAUGCGGCUCAAAGCUCACAAAAUCUGCUGGAAAGCUCGGUUAUGCAUAGACGAGGUGCUUCCAAGAAUUCCAAAAACAUGCAGUGGCUGGACUGGUGGCCUGACCAUGGACUCCAAGGAUGGCUUAAUCUUAUUCGACAUCCAGUGCCUGGAAUCCUUCCGGGAAACAUGUGGCCAGUUAGGAUCAAGGGCCAAAAGAUUGGAACGUGCUCUGGCAUCGUCGAUCUUGCAAUCGAUUCGAGUCAAGGUGUCACCAUUUGGGCAUUUAGCAUGGACGGAGUUGCCCAGAUCUGGCGUUUGGACGAUGGACAGCAUAGUGAUAUUACGAAGUUAAGUGUGUUAAGAGAUGGCACAAUACGAGAACAUGAUUAUGAGGGCGAUGUUGAAAUGAGUGGCACUUUUCUCAUAUCGGAUAUUCUUCAACAUCGCUCACAACUAGAACAACAAUCCUUUGAUGGGACCAUUUCCCCCGAUGCAUCAAUGAUUAUCACUGCACAAAGAGGCUCGGGCUGGAGCUACCAAAGUCUGAACUAUGAUUCGGAAGGCGAUGUUAUUAUGGAAGACGUAUAUGGGCCGGGUGUUGACAUGCCAGCCGAGUGGUCACAGCCAGAGAUGGAAUAUGAGGCGAGAGAACCGGUUCAGGAUCAACAGUAUCAGUAUUUGUUAUCGCGUUGGCCACGAUCGGCGACGGGGUAUAGAAGGUGGUGGGAGAGGGCUGCUUCGAGUGGUGGUGAUAUGGCGAGGGUGGUGGAGGCGAGGGGCGUUACGAGGAUUGAAAUUGAAAUUCGUUGA